UGUGCGCUAUUUUAUUUAUUUAGCGCACAAGAAUUAUUAGCAAGAGGCAGCUUAACCACGCUGCUUUAACAUAAAACGAACGCUUGCGCCAGUAGAUGAGACCAGCGGCGUCGCGUGCGCGCAAGAUGAGCAACAAUUACAAUGAUAUUCCAUUCGGCAUACGUCUCUUGCAAAGCUGCUCCAGGCAGUGUCCAAGAUUUCGUGCCAAAAAGGAACUAUGCUACAAAUUGAGCAUAUUUCUGUUGACGUUCCUGGCCUAUGUUUGCUAUCAUAUGACACGCAAGCCCAUUUCAGUGGUCAAGUCGGUGCUACAUGGCAAUUGCUCAAAUACGCAGGCAAGAUUACACGAGGCAGGCGACUGCGGCUACGCGCCUUUCGAUGGCCACGAUGCGAAGACGCUUUUCGGCAUGCUGGACUCGGCAUUUCUCUUCUCCUAUGCGCUUGCCAUGUUUGCCUCUGGCUUCAUAGCCGAACGCGUUUCACUGCGUUACUUUCUAUCCAUGGGCAUGAUACUAACAGGCGUAUUCACCUAUCUGUUUGGCCUGGCGCGCACCUCCAAUAUACACAGUAUAUGGUAUUUCAUACUGGUGCAGAUCUGCGCGGGCAUAUGCCAAACCACAGGCUGGCCAGGCGUAGUGACGCUAGUGGGUCGCUGGUUUGGCAAAAAGAAACGCGGCCUAAUCUUUGGCAUCUGGAACAGUCACACAUCCAUUGGCAACAUACUGGGCACACUUAUAGCCGCUUACUAUGUGGAAAGCGAUUGGGCUUUAUCUUUUGUAGUGCCCGGCAUUAUAAUAGCUGCUGUGGGCUUCUUGUUAUUUCUGUUUCUGGUCGAUCAGCCAGAGAUUGUGGGCUGCUAUCCGCAGCUGGCAGCGCAGCAAGAGCGUCGCCUCACCAAUGCAUCCGAUGCGGACGACGAUGAGGAACAGCCACGUGUCAACGAAGCUUCUUAUGUUCGUUCCGGUUAUACUCGUGUCCAAAUCGAUAGCAUAAGCUAUCGCUCUGCGCCCACGGAGCGCACGCCAAUCCUAACGCGCUCGCAUUCAGAAACAGCACGCGCACGUCCAGCGGAGGGACGUCCCAUUGGUCUGGUAGAUGCUCUACACAUACCCGGCGUUGUGGAGUUCUCGCUGUGCUUGUUCUUCACCAAGCUUGUUAGCUACACCUUUAUGUUCUGGCUGCCGCUCUACAUACAGUCUUCCAGCACCUUUGGCCCAGAGCUCUCAGCGGAUCUUUCAACGCUCUUCGAUGUGGGCGGCAUAUUGGGAGCCAUUGCCGCUGGUUAUGUGUCAGAUCUGACAGGCAUGUCUGCUACAAUUUGCACAGUCAUGUUGUUCUUUGCCUCGCCCAUUCUGCUGAUGUAUCAACAAUAUGGCGCUUUGUCUGUUACGAACAGCAUAGUGCUGCUCAUCAUCGUAGGCAUCUUUGUUAACGGCCCCUAUGCGCUAAUUACAACCUCUGUAAGCGCCGAGCUGGGUCAGCACAGCUCGCUGGAGGGCAAUUCGAAUGCUUUGGCUACAGUGACUGCCAUCAUCGAUGGCACUGGCUCGAUUGGCGCCGCUGUGGGUCCGCUGCUUGCCGGCUUCAUCUCGAGCAGCAGCUGGCAGAAUGUCUUCUAUAUGCUCAUCAUAGCAGAUCUGGUGGCUAUGCUGCUGCUCUUCCGUUUGGUCAUACGUGAAUGCGGGCAGUUGCGUCGCUCGUACGCGCGCAUACGCAUUGAGUAGCAGACGUAAUAUUCUUAGCAUAUCUAUAUAUAUCUAUAUAUAUGUACAUAGCGCACUCUCACACACACAUUGUUCGAACGUUUGUUUUGUGUUUUGAUUGUUUGUCUGUGUGCUCGAGCAUUUAGUAACAUAUCAUUGUAAUGCAGUUUUUAGUUUUUAUCCCACAAAGUAUUUAAAAGCAGCCCUAUGCAUAGAUUUGUUGUAACAUUGUGUAUGUUUGCCAGAGUCUCCUUGUUUUAAGUGCCGAACUAUAUAUACAUAAACACUAUAUAAAUACGUUUUAGCAUAGUAUAUAUCUAUAUAUUUAUAACUGCUUAUGUAAAUAAAACUUGUACGCUUUUGGUACAGCAAAUAAAGCUGCGAAGCUUGGACUACAAGAUGAAAAAAAAACAAAACUUGAAUUGCACUAGAAUCUAACUUUGGAAUGCAGAUUGCUGAUCCUGAAUCGACUAACUUUGUAAAUACAUUCAGUCACAUUUAAAAUUUCUAUAUAGUUUCGAGAAGUACAAA